UUUACUCAGCAACUGAAAAAUAGCAAGUUUCCAUUUGAUUUUAUGUUUAAAAUGUUUUAAUAAAAGGAGUGUUAAUUGGUACUUGAUGCAUUUAAAAUGAAUAGAUUUACAUCAAAAUAUGAAAUGGGUAAUCCAGAAGUAAUCAUCUUAAAUUACCUAAUAAGUGUAAUAAAAAAGAUUAUGAAACAGAUUACAAUUAAAAUGGUCUAAUUUGUAAUCGGUCCCCAAUUACAUUUCAGAAGUAAUGUACCCAGCACUCUUGAUAACGUAUUUUAAUGACAUAUUAGUUCCUGUUUUGUUCAUGUAGUCUUGUGCAUCCUAAUAUUUAAAUGCUCCUCUAAACGCCUCCCCCAGUGGCAUGGCUAGAGUCUGAAUGUUCGCAAACAAUAUACUAUUGAUAAUGCAUGAAUGUCAUUGCAUUAGGUAGGCAUAAAAAGCAAGUGACGUCCAAACAAAUGAUGCUGGAUCUUUUCUCAUAAUCAACUUCACUUUUCUGAGCCAUUUUUGCGAUUAUUUGUAAUCAAAUGGUCCCAAGAUUGUGAGUUUAACACAAUAUUUUGUUUUAUAACUUCAAACAUUUCAAGAUAAUUAUUUCACACAAAGUUUUUUUGUAAAGUGCUUUUGCUAUCAUUCUUUACAAAUAAAUGCCACCUGGUUUGCUAUUUAGUCAGUCUAUAUUUUCACUAAUGCAAUGACAUUCAUAAAUGAUGUAUGGCUUAAGUGUCCAAAAUGCUAAUUUUUGGAGCCAGUGCACUUGCAUAAUAUUACGGCAGAUUACAUGCAUAAAUGCACUGAAUGUAUUGCAAUUAAAAUCCCUGAUUUGGGUUGUAUCCUCCCUCUUUGCUAAUUGGCAUGCUCUGGCAGCUUCAGCUUCAACAACCAGCCAUUAUGUAUGGUGUUUAGUUAUUGGGGGGUGUCACUGUUGUUGGGCUGUUCUUGGUUCCAGAUGAUCUUUUGUGCAGGUUUAGUUCCAGCCACUAGGUGGUGUUAUGGUUUCAUCUCUAGGCCUCUAAGCCCAGAGCUCCACUAGUUCUAUCCCUUCAUUUGGUUAACCCUUUGUCUGUUCUUCCCCUCUCCCUCUAUGAUGACUCCUGUGUGCCUUAUUCCAGUGUCAUUGGACAACCAGCACAUGCUGCACUACAUCCGGGACAAAACGGCUGUGCCGUACUUUUCCAAUUUGGUCUGGUUCAUCGGCAGCCACGUCAUCGAGCUGGACAAGUGUGUGCAGACUGAUGAAGAACAUAAAAACAGAGGAAAACUAAGCGACCUGGUGGCUGAGCAUCUGGACCACCUUCACUAUCUGAAUGACAUCCUCAUCAUCAACUGUGAGUUUCUCAAUGACGUGCUGACCGACCACCUUCUCAACCGCCUGUUCCUGCCCUUGUAUGUGUACUCUCUGGUCAUCCAAGAGCAGUCAGAAGAGCGCAAGAUCAACCCUCAGGUGUCACUCUACCUGCUGUCACAGGUGUUUCUUAUAAUCCACUACCAGCCACUGGUGAACACACUGGCUGAUGUCAUUCUGAAUGGAGACCUGUCCGUGUUCUCCAUGCAGACAGAGCAGACUGCUCACAAGAGUUCAAGCAAUGCUGUUGUGCGUCGCUUUACCAAGCCACCAGAGAGUCUGGAGCGUUCACUGGAGAUGAGUUGUCAACGCGGGAGGAAGAGGGCCCAGAAAAGACCCAACUACAAGAAUGUGGGAGAGGAAGAUGAAGAAGAACGGGGAUCAGAGGAGGGGCCAGAUGAAGAGAAGGCUAAAGGUACAGAGGCUAGCUCAAAGGCCAGCAGGACAAGUGGGGACAAGGAAGAGAUUGAGAUGGUGGUGAUGGAAAAAUGUAGAAUCUCAGAAGUGUCCAGUUUAACAGAACAAAACAUUACAGAUGAGGAGAAGAGUGCUGCUCAAUCAGAAGGCCAGAAGAGCAGACCCUUCCUGGACAUGUUCUAUAAUGCAUUGGACUGUGACACAGAGGAUUACAAGGCUCUGUUUGUGCUUUGUCUCCUGUUUGCUGUGUCUCACAGUAAAGGUAUUAACCCAGAGCUCUUGGAAAGGAUCCAGCUGCCUGUGCCAGAUCAGGAGAGGAGCUCUUACAGCCAGGUUUUAGUGGAGAGAGUGAUCCGAAUCAUGAGCCAGGCUGCUCAGCCGGAUGGAAAGGUGCGCCUUGCAACUCUGGAGUUGAGCUGUCUGCUUCUGAAACAGUCUGUGCUUUCUGGCUUUCAAUGCAUUAUAAAGGAUGUUCAUUUGGCCUGUUUGGAGGGUGCUCGAGAAGAGAGUCUUCACCUUUUGAGGCGGUUUUAUAAGGGGGAGGAGAUAUUCCUGGACAUUUUUGAGGAUGAAUAUAGGAGCAUGAUGAGUAAGCCAAUGAAUGUGGAGUAUCUUAUGAUGGAUGCAUCCAUUUUACUUCCACCCACUGGCACUCCCCUUACCGGCAUUGACUUUGUGAAGAGACUGCCCUGUGGAGACGUCGAGAGGACACGCAGGGCUAUCCGUGUGUUCUUUAUGCUACGCUCGCUGUCUCUACAGCUGCAGGGAGAACCAGAAACUCAACUUCCUCUCACUCGACCUGAGGAUCUCAUCAAGACCGAUGAUGUCCUUGACCUUAAUAACAGUGAUCUUAUUGCUUGCAUGGUAGUGAGUAAAGAUGGGCUUCAGGCCCAGCGCUUCCUUGCUGUGGACGUGUACCAGAUGAGUCUGGUGGAACCCGAUUCCAAGCGUCUGGGCUGGGGUGUUGUCAAGUUUGCUGGCCUUCUGCAGGACAUGCAAGUUUCAGGGGUGGAAGAUGACAGCAGGGCUUUGAAUAUCAUCAUUCAUAAGCCCACAUCUAACCCCCAUGCCAAGCCUGUCCCCAUUCUGCAGGCCAACUUCAUCUUCGCCGACCACAUUCGCUGCAUCAUUGCCAAACAGCGACUGGCCAAGGGUCGCAUCCAGGCCAGACGCAUGAAAAUGCAGAGGAUAGCAGCUCUGUUGGACCUUCCUGUUCAGCCUUCCACUGAGGUACUGGGUUUCAGCCAGACAUCUGUUGCAUCAUCUCAACUGCCUUUCCGCUUCUAUGACCAGUCCAGACGAGGCCCAGUCUUUGCGUCUGUUGAUAAAGUUCCAGGUUUUGCUGUUGCUCAUGUUGCCCAGCACAGCACCACACCUGCCUCUUCCUCCUCAACCUCUUCUAGUGGCGGCAGUGGACCCUGCGACUCGCUUACAACCAGUAGUGCAUCCACAAACUUUGCCACACAGAAUCAAACAGGACUCGCCCUGGCACCUAGCCUCACUCCUACGCCGCAACCCACCAUCUCUCUCCUGUCUGACAAUGAUGCAGAGACGCUAAGUGUAGACUCCCUGACCCUGCUGCCCCCUGCUGAUCCACCUCGCCUGCGCUCCUUCAGCACCCAGUCCUCCGUUCAGGACGAUGCAUCUGUGGACUUGGACAAUACACCGGCUGCCACGCAAAUGGAAGAUGGAAGCACGGGGGCAGUAGAUAAACAGCAUCAAAAGGACAAGAAUGACAUUUCAGUCAUACUUGAAGAACAUGAACCAUUUCCUGAGUCUGGACCAUCUGAAUCUGAGCCUCUUAGUGGUGAUACAAGGGAGGAUCCCAUGAUUCAGCCUAAGACAGGUAAACCUGACCUGGAGGAGGAGACAGCCAUAGACUGAUAGAUCUAAUCCAAAACAGCCCUCAGACUGGAGAGCAAUAGUACAAAAACUCAAAGCCUGAAUGAUCAAAUUUGGCCAUAUUAUUAAAACAAGAAAUAAUUUUUAUGUCAGUUAGUCUGUGCUGUUUCAGAAAUGUGAAUUAAGCAUGACUGAUUCCUCACACAUUAACUCGUCGUGUUCUGGUUUUGCACAAGCUAGUAAAUCUAGUUUGCACAUGCUUUUGGCAUUAGUGAUUCAGGCCCAAGUUUAAUCUAUAUGUAGGCAACCGAUUGUUCCAACACCUUAUUCUGUUGCUUUAUUAAAUAUGUAUUAAAUCCAUUAUAGACAGAGACUAUUAUUUAACCAUUAAUUUGGUGGUUCCAAAUACUUUGCUUUACAUGUAGACCAUGAUGAAUUUCAAAGGACAAUAGCAUUCUCCGAAGACAAGGACAUUAUUGAUUGUCACGAGUUCUGCUAUUAGCACAGCAUUUUUCAGUGUGUAUCAUUCUUUCUGGGAUGGUGCUGAAAGUGUGUGUGUGUGUGUGUGUGUGUGUGUGUGUGUGUGUGUGUGUGUGUGUGUGUGUGUGUGUGUGUGUGUGUGUGUGUGUGUGUGUGUGUGUGUGUGUAAUUGAGAGUUUUUUGUGUAUUUGUGGUUUUAUGAUACUGAGCAGGAGAUGAAAGGAUGUGUAUAUAUAAAUAUUCAUCUGAUUGGGUUAGUGGGGAAUGCCCACUUCAUUUUACCAGUCUUAACACUGAGGAAUGUACAAAGACUUCUUGGUCUGUCCAGCGGUGCUCUUUUCUGAAGGUAUAUUUGAUUUUGACUGAACAUUCAUUUGCACUUUAACAGCGGGUUUAAAAAAAAAAAAAGCCUUGUCUUAAUCCUUGAAGAUUUUGAGGAAAAUGUUUGCUUAACUAAACUCUUUUUAAAGAAUCAGUUUGUUUAAAACCAUUCACAUCAUUAGUGCUGAAAUACCCUGAUCAUCGGUCUACCUUUUGAAUGAAAAAGCUGUCACGCAUGUCAGUCUUUGUGUAAAAGUUUUUUACCCCUUUUUUUCUUUUUGUCAUGUAAAGGAGCAUGAGGUCAUUUAAGGUGUUCCACUCCUACGUGUUUGUCACUGCCAUUUAGGAUUACCUUCACUUUCUGUUCUGGAACAUUCUGGAAUCUGCAGACACAGGGUGAAUAAACCUGUUCUCUUUUAUGUAUGUUUUAUAUACUUGGAAGUGGCCUCUGCUUAUUUUCAAGCUGAAGCGAGUUAAUCCUUUAAUACUCUUAAUAUUCUAUAGAGCAUCAUGAGCUUAUACUGGACACACACAGUCAAAGCUAUGUGUGAUGUAUUUGUGGUAAAAUGUUACUUUUGUGUGCUAGAACUUAUAUUAACUCAUUUAUUUCAAUUACAGAUUCAAGUAGUUUGAUUAUUAAUGGACUGAAAUUAAAAAUACAUUUUCGGUUUCUAGACAGCAAGUCAUAGAAAGGGGUGGGCAUAUCUUUUUCAUUGUUGCCAAUGCAAAUGUUUGGUAGCUAUGACUGGGUGCUUCUCUCUGCUAGAAAAACACCCAAAUUGGAGCUUUAUUGGCUGAGUUUGUAAAAUAUUAAAGCAAUACAAUUAAGUCUGCUUAUUUCAGUAUUUUGAGGUUAAAUUCAUUAUUGAAAUGGAUGCGAUGUACAGAGUGUAUAGCUUUCUUUAGAUCUGUGAAUUUACCAACAGGAACUAUCAAGGUCAUGCAAUAAAUUAUUCUGAUGUAGACUUUGGUCUUGUCGCCUUGUUUUCCCUUCUUUUAAAUUUUGAUCAAGUUCUGUGCAUGAUCAAGGGCUCUUAAAUCUGCCAUCUUCUUUCACAAUUUUUAUCUGUAGUAGUUGUAAAAACUUCCAAAAUGUCUGUUCUGGAGAGAUAUUUUAAAAGCUUAUUAAAUUCCUUAUGGUCAUCAUUCCUUGGAAUACUUUGGUUUCUCUGAAUUUGGGUCUCAGAAGAAUGCUGAUCUGGAUGGAAUCCAGUUUCAAGUCAAGCUUUAAGUCAAAAAUAAGUCUGGAAAUAAAAUGUGUAUUUUAUUAGAAAAUGAAAUAAAAACAAUAAAUACUACUGGGAUAUAGACUAAACUAGUUCUCUUGGAAACUGCAGUUGAGGAAAUUGCAGUGAAAAGUGUCUGUUUAUUUGGAAGUUAGAUUCUUCACCUCUUAGAUUUCCCCAUGAAUCACAUUAAACAUUGUGCCUUACACUCACUCCCAGAAUAAUAAGAGAAUGUUUUUGUUGCUUGACCAGAAACCAGGCCAAGGGAUCACUGCAGUUACAUUUAUAUAUUACCAUUUAUUCUUAAGUCAUUAGAAGUUUCCCAGAGAAUUCUCAUGAAAUUGACCCCCCACCCUUUUGUGUAUAUUAAACAGAAAAGUGGCCAGUUAGGAGGAAAAAAGCACCAGACAUGUUCCUGUAUUCUGUUGUGUCAGAACAAUGUACUCAAGGGUCCCACUUCUGCUUAACAUGAGAUCAUCUUUGAAUGAAAAAUGAAUAUCACAAAAUGCUGCGAACUAGUUUUGAUUUGUUGAUAAGCAUUCCGGGG